AUGGCUUCAGCCUGUCACAAUCGCGUAGUAGCUCUCAUAGUUCUCAUAGCUCUCACCAACUCGAGACUAGGUCUAGCAGCAGCGGAGCAGCGGCCAAUAGCGUCCUUCUUCGGCGAUCCGCACUUCGAGGGCGCAGAUGGCGUUCAUUUCCGAUUCACCGGCGUGCCGGGCGAGGCCUACUGCCUGCUCUCCGACCCCUCGCUGCACAUCAACAUGAAAAUGGCCGGCGACUCGGGUAGUCUAGGCGACGAUCCGAUCAGUUCAGGCAGCGAUGCUAACAUUACUCCAGGCGCCACGCAGCGCACAUGGGUCAAGGCGAUAGGCGUGCUCGUGGCCGGCCACUCGCUGCAGCUCAGAGCGCGGCAGGGGGCAGACGCGUCGCUCGGCGACGGUUUCUUGCAGUCGAUAGUGUUAGACGGCGUCGCGCAGCGAUUGUCGCCGUCGCACAUCCUAGAGAGCGACGACGGCGCGCUGAGAGUGCACCACGUGGGGGUCACCGAAUCAAACGGCGUGGAAACCGAGACUCUCAGAAUACAGUCCGGUGGCCGGCAAGGGGCGGACUUCCUUGUCCAUAUUAGGCCAGAGGCGGUCGACCGGCAAUCACCAGCCGACGCGUUUGUGCAUUUCUCGGUGGAGGUGUUAUCUGGGGGAGGGUUGACCGACCCGCACGGCGUGAUGGGGCAAACGUUCCGGAGUUCCCAGAAGGAGCGAUCCUUCGCGGUAAGCCUGCAAUGGAGCCGCGACGCGCAGGCUUGGGAGGUGGCAGGAGAUAACGGCGACGGCUAUCUUGACGGCUCCGUCGAGAGUUACCGGUCGUCCAGCCUCGUCGCCGCGGAUUGCGCGUUCUCGCGGUUCAAGGCGGUUGAAGGAGCGCGGAGAGAGGAGAGCGACGGGUCGUGGGCGGUGGCGGAGAUGAUGGGGGAGGGGGAGGAUGCGGAAGCGGCGGUGGAUGUAGCGGGCGGUGGCGCAGCUGUUGCUCGAGACUGCCGCGGCUGGAAGGCGCCGGGGAUGCUGGCGGGGCACCGUUAG